AUGUGUGAACAAAUCGACAGCUGGACUCUUCCCAACGAGACGCUGGUCGUGAUUCGCCUUUUCACCCUCCCAUUAGCGCUCAUCUUCAACCCAUUAUGCAUUAUUCUCUUACUUUACAAAGCAAAAGUGCUCCUUCGUAGCUACAAGCACCUGUUGAUUUGUGUCUGUCUCAUCGACGCUCUCUUCUCAAUCCUUUAUUUUGUGACGGGUCCGACUCCAAUCAUCGUCGACUCGUCGAUUUACAUGCUAAAUUGUGGCUCAUUUGCUGAAGAUCCGACGCUGAACCGUCUUCUCUUGCAUGCACUUUUUUGUUUGCUUGCUGUUUCUGGAUACACGUUGACGAUUCUUUUCAUCUAUCGAUGUACCCACAUUUGCACCUCUCACUACUUGUAUAUCUUUCAAUCAAGGUGGUUUUGGAUUUUUGUCAGCGUCGGAUUUGCAGUGAUGAUCAGUUUGGCGGAAAACGUUGCAGCGGCUCUGUCGGGUGAAUUCACCUUGACGAAGCUUCAAAAUGAAACAAUCAUCAUUGCCUACAUCGCCAUUCAUCCUUACAAUCAGGAUAACAAGUCAUCCGUGCCCAUCAUCUGUUGUUAUAUCCCAUUCAUUUUUGUGCUUCUCUCCGCGAAUUUCAUCGUCGGAUUGCAGAAAGUGGCCGCUAUUUCUCUGCUGUUCUCGGCUUGGUAUCCCGUUCUCGAUCCCCUAUUGGUCAUCUAUUUUGUUGUCGAUUAUCGUCGUAUCAUUCGUGGAUGUCUUUCACGACUCAAAACCAUCACAAAGAGUCAAGUUCGCGUUCGAGCCGCCAGCUAUGUCGAAAACUCCUUU